AUGCCAUACCACGAUCGGCUUCAACGGUACCCUGCUUUGGUGUCGUUUGUUGGACAGACUGGUGCAGGAAAAUCGAGUUUAAUCAGACUCCUGGUCGAAUUGUAUUCUCCAGAUCAGGCCAGCCCGCAAGUUCAAGUUGUCGGCUCAAGCCGGCGUGCAGACUUACCAACCAGCGGAGAUGUGCAUCUAUACGCAGAUCUUAAAACAUCUCAGACCAAGCAACCCAUCUUGUAUGCUGACUGUGAGGAUUUUGACGGAGGCGAACGAGAGCCAUCAGGCGUAAGCCUAAAGAACAAAAAGAGAGAAGCAAACAGCGAGUAUCAACGCACCAAUUCCUUCGCCAGGAACAUCCGCAGACAGCACCAUACAUCGGAACGUGAGAUCUUGUGGGCGACGGAUACAGUGAAAAAGAUCUGUGAAUACCACGUUCGGCAUCUCUAUCCUCGGUUAAUAUACACCUUCUCAGAUGUUAUUGUCUUUGUCAUGAAGAACCCUAGGGUUGUCGAAAGUAUUGUCGAACAACUUCUUCGGUGGGCCGCAGAUGCGCUCGAGACUUCCUCCAACCAGCCUGUUCUGCCGCACGCAAUCAUCGUUCUCAACGCCUACGAUAAUACCUCGGAUCCCGAGCUCUGGGAUGCGAACAACUCGACUAUCAAUUUGAUGGAGCGAGUCAGCCGUGCAGUGCACCAGAGUCACAACAUCAGGAAAUGCGCGGAAUCAUGGAAGCAGAAGGGGAGACAGAUCGAGUCUGUCUAG